ACUCUAACUCUUGUCUCUCUGUCUCCUCCACUUCACUCUCUCUCUCUCUCUCUAUCCUUUUUUUUUUAUUUUGUAACAUUACUAAAAGUGAUUUGGUUCUAAUAAUCUUCUUAAUUGCUUCCGUUUCUCUCUCUAAACCAAAACGUUUCAAUUUGAAUUUCUUUUUCUUAUUUCGCCCAGAGAAAGCAAAAAGGGGGCAAAUAAAUCAAGAAUCUCUCUCUUUAUAGAAAUACAGAAACGGAGAGAGGGAGAGGUAGUGUGUGAUAUGAACAACGGAAUGGGAAGGCAGAGAUCUCAUCAUCAAAGACAGUACUCAUCUUCUGAUAACAACAGCAACAGCAACGGCAACGGCAACGGAAUUUUUCUGGAAAAUGGGAGAUGGCUUCAAUCUGCUGGUCUUCAGCACCUUCAAAAUAACAACUCUUCCUCCUCCUCUUCCUCUUCUUUAAUUCCUCCUCUUCAGGACUAUAAUCUCUAUGGUGGUGGAGGAGGAGGGCAGGCAUUGAGAAUGUAUGGGAAUGCGCAAAGCAGUUUUAGUAGGGGAAAUGAGUUUUAUUCGGAGCCAACAACACCUCCUGUUAGUUCAAGAGCUUCGAGCCAGAGGAAGAACGGGGAGGACUCACCAAAUGAGUUCAGUCCUGGGCUCUUAGAUCUGCAUUCUUUUGACACUGAGUUGCUUCCCGAGUUGCAAGUUCCAGGCUUGUAUGAUGGUUCUUCUCUUUUUCAUCCUGUUCGAGGAAGAAGCUUUGAUGAUUCUUACCCUUACAUUUCAAACAAUAAACAAACUGGCAGAGCUCCUGGCUUGCCUGAUAACAACCUCCUGAAAAGCUUUGUUGCAGACAAAGAGAAGACAAGUUCUGUUGCAAAGAUCAAAGUAGUGGUGCGCAAGAGACCAUUGAAUAAAAAGGAACUGGCAAAAAAUGAAGAAGAUAUUAUAGACACACACUCCAAUUCUCUGACAGUUCACGAGACUAAACUUAAGGUUGACCUAACAGAAUACGUUGAGAAGCAUGAAUUUGUCUUUGAUGCAGUGCUCAAUGAGGAGGUCUCGAAUGAUGAAGUUUAUCAUGAGACAGUGGAGCCCAUAGUUCCAAUAAUUUUUCAACGGACCAAAGCAACUUGCUUUGCAUAUGGGCAAACAGGGAGCGGAAAAACCUAUACUAUGAAGCCUUUGCCCCUUAAAGCAUCUCGAGAUAUCUUGAGGUUGAUGCAUCAUACUUACAGGAACCAAGGGUUUCAGCUAUUUGUGAGCUUCUUUGAAAUUUACGGAGGAAAACUAUAUGAUCUUCUAAGUGAUCGGAAAAAACUUUGCAUGAGAGAGGAUGGUAAGCAGCAGGUUUGUAUUGUGGGUUUGCAAGAGUAUAAAGUAUCAGAUGUAGAGACCAUUAAGGACCUCAUUGAGAAGGGAAGUGCCACAAGAAGUACUGGCACAACUGGUGCAAAUGAAGAAUCCUCCCGUUCACAUGCCAUACUACAGCUUGCUAUCAAGAGAUCAGUUGAUGGCAAUGAGUCAAAGCCUCCACGCCCCAUUGGCAAGCUCUCCUUCAUAGAUCUUGCAGGAAGUGAGCGUGGUGCAGAUACCACAGAUAAUGAUAAACAAACAAGGAUGGAAGGUGCAGAGAUUAACAAGAGUUUACUUGCAUUAAAGGAGUGCAUAAGGGCACUUGACAAUGACAAGAGUCAUAUUCCUUUCAGAGGCAGUAAAUUAACUGAGGUUCUAAGGGAUUCUUUUGUUGGCAAUUCACGCACUGUUAUGAUAUCAUGCAUUUCACCAAGCUCAGGAUCAUGUGAGCACACUCUUAACACCUUGAGAUACGCUGACAGGGUGAAGAGCCUUUCAAAAGGGAACGCUUCUAAGAAGGAUGUAUUAUCUUCAACUUUAAACCUAAAGGAAUCAACUACUGUUCCCUUGUCCUCAGUUUUACCUGUUGCAUCCACAUUUGAGGACGAUGCAAAUGAUGCAUGGCCAGAACAAGAUGAAAGAGAUGAUUUUGAUGCAUCAGAAGAAGAUUCUUAUGAACAGGAGAAACCAAUAUGGAAGGAGAAUGGGAAGCUAGAGCCAUACAAUCUUUCCAUUUCAGAGGAUAAAAUACAGAAACCCAAUGGUCAGACAAAAUGGAGGGAUAUGCCAAAAUCUAAUCUCAAGAACUCCCAUUCAGAUAAUGAUUUGAAUGUGUUGCUACAGGAAGAGGAGGAUCUUGUAAAUGCUCAUAGAAAACAAGUGGAAGAGACUAUGAACAUCGUGAGAGAGGAGAUGAACCUGUUGGUUGAAGCAGACCAACCAGGAAAUCAGCUCGAUGAUUACGUUGCUAAACUGAAUGCCAUUCUUUCUCAGAAGGCUGCAGGUAUACUGCAGUUACAGAAUCGUCUGGCACACUUCCAGAAGCGUUUGAAGGAGCAUAAUGUUUUAGUAUCUUCUUCUGGCAACUAGAUUCAUGUGGAAGUGCAUGCAGUUAUUACCAAUGGAUGCUUCUUUUAUUAGCUAUUGCAAUAUUACUGGCCUGGUUGUGGAUUUGGUUACACAGUGCUCGAAAUCUGGCACCUCAUGCAGCAGUUUGUUGGAUGAUUCACUGGCCAUUAUGCUCUAUGGUAUUCGUUAUGAGGUUUUAGGGGUUGGAGAUUGAGAGAUCAAAAGGAUACCGUUAAUCCUUCACAUGAUACUGUCUACAAUUUUUCGUCCUCAUUCUCUCCAACAAGUUAUAAGUAAGCUAUAGGGUUUACAUGCCCAUCUGGCAUGCUUUUGUAAAGCUAUGGAGCAGUGUAAUUAGAUUCAUUAAUUAAAUUAAAUACUUCCUGCCUUCUAUUCAUUAAUGUAAAAUUGCUUCUCACUCUUGUUUGCUACUAUACCAAGUUAUGUUUGAGUGUUUUGGAAUUACAGCAA